UUUAUAUCCAGAAAUGGCAGCACUAAAGGAUGUUGUUUCUUUAUAUAAAAAUUUAAAGCAAGAAUGGACAGCGACUCCGUGUAACUUAAAAAAAUGUGGCGAAUUGCUCAAUCAAUUAAAGAUUGGUCUUACACAUUUGAUGUUUCUUCCAACAUCUAAUAACACAGCCAGUCAACAUGAAUUGAUCAUAGCUCGUGACAUUUUAGAAAUUGGUGCACAAUGGAGCAUAGUAACAGAAGAUAUACCUUCUUUUGAACGUUACAUGGCACAAUUGAAGUGUUAUUACUUUGAUUAUAAGUCAGGAUUAGCGGAAUCUGUGUACAAGUAUCAUCUGCUCGGCUUAAAUCUCUUGUUUUUAUUGUCACAAAAUCGUGUUGCUGAAUUUCAUACAGAACUAGAACUACUGCCUUCUGAUCAGAUACAAUCAAAUGUUUACAUCAGACAUCCUUUAAGCUUAGAACAAUAUUUAAUGGAAGGAUCAUAUAAUAAGAUAUUCUUAGCAACAGGCAAUAUACCAGCAGCAUCAUAUAGUUUUUUCAUAGAUAUUUUAUUAAAUACGGUUCGCGAUGAAAUCGGAGCAUGUAUGGAGAGUGCGUACGUUAAAAUUUCUAUUCAAGGUGCAUCAAGAAUGCUCAAUCUAAAUUCCGAGAAAGAUAUGAAAGCGUUUGCUUCAAAAAAGAAUUGGACUUUGGCUAAGGACGGUUACUUUUACUUCAGCACGAUCAACGAAAAGGAAACCGAAGAACCAAUACCCAGUUCAGAUUUGGCUACAUUAGCCAUUGAUUAUGCAAGAGAACUUGAAAUGAUUGUUUAACAAGCAUGUGCAUCUUCCUGUAUUUUAUAUAGAUAAAUAAAGUUUGUCAUAUA